AGGGUUAGGGUCAGUUCUUCGAUUUGGGGCGACAAUGAUGUACCCUGAUCCUCAACAGCAACACCACCAACAGCAGCAUCAGCAUCAGCAGCAUCAGCAGCAAGGUGGAGAAUUUCACAGGGGCCCCCCGCCGCAGGCGCCAAUGAUGCGUCAGCCGUCGGCCUCUUCAACUAAUAUGGCCCCAGAGUAUCACCACCCAUCUGGCCCCGCUCCUCCUCUUCCUCCUUACGAUGCUCAUCCUGACGGUUUUGCUGCAAAAAGGAUGAGAAAGCUUACCCAGAGGAGAGCAGUUGAUUACACUAGCACUGUGGUGCGAUAUAUGCAGAUUCGAAUGUGGCAGCGUGAUGCAAGGGAUAGGACAGUAUUGCAACCUACACCAGCAGCAGCAAUUGAUUUUGCCCUUUUGGUGUAGAUGUUGCCGACAGUUGCCUAUUCAGAUAAUCCCUCCACUAGUUUUGCUGCAAAGUUUGUACAUACGUCCUUAAACAAAAAUCGUUGUUCGAUUAA